AUAAGAAUAUGUUUAACCCUUUGCCUGUAAACGGGGGUCGUUUGUGUCCGGCCGAAAGCGACUAUCUUCGGUACCUUAAAAACGGAGGAAGGGAGCCGCCUUGGACUAUGUCGUGUAAAAUUGUAUCCAGACAGUGUACACACUCCCCAAGUUUAGUAAGCUUAGUCCACAUACAGCCAGUACAGCAAGCAGUUCGAAUUGCGUCUGGACGUAAACGACCCCCGUUUACAGUUAACGUAUACCAAGUGUGUAGAGAAUCUCCUCGUAUAGAACGACUACUUGCAAAUGACUACCAGCGGAUUUGGUUGCAAGAAAGGCAACUUUGGGAUAAGGUAGUUGCGACAAAAAUUGCGACAAAGAAAAUAUUACCUCGUAUGUUAAUUAAAAGAAAAGUACCAACAUGUGUGACUGUUAAAUAUCUAACAAGAGCAGAACAAUUGAAAGAAAAAAAGAAGAAAUCGUUUAGACAAAAUUAUGAUGGAAAGUCUAAAGUAGAAGAAGUGGCUUUUGCAAAACAUGGUGAGACAAAAUUAGAAAAAGAUGAAGAAGACAAAUUUGAAGCACACGAUGAAACAAAAUCAGAAAAGUGCAAAGACACAAAAUCAAAAGAACAUGAAACAAGAUCAGAAAAAUAUGAAAAAGCAAAAGUAGAGAAAUUUGAAAAAACGGAAUCAGAGAAGUAUGAAGAAACGCAAUCAUCAAAAAAGGAUGAAGAAUUAAAAUCAAAAAAUUGUGAAGAAAUAGAAUCAGAAAAGUGCAAGGAAUUAGAAAACCAUAAAGAAUCGAAAUUAGAAAAUGCGAAGAAAUAAAAUAAAAAAGAAACGUGAAGAGAUACAUAGAGAAAAUGAGGAAGAUAUACAAAAUUAGAAGAAUAUGAUAAAAUGAAGAAAACAAACAAUUAAUUUAUAUUAUAUGAUUAUUUCUUUAACACGAAAAACUAAGAACAAAUUUUUGCAAAACUGUAAAAGGUCCCAAAAUAAAGAAUUUGUCAAUCUUAA